AUGCCUAUGGCUGCACGAUACGUCCUCCAAAGGGGGGAUCAGAAAAUGGGACCAUAUCGUGUAUACCUCGACCGCACUGCUAUUGAUGACAUCAAUUGGACGCCCUUCAGUGGUUACGGUGAUGUUGUCUCAUUCGACCACAUCGCAUUAUACUCCAUAUGGUUGGCAUGUGGGGCCAACACCAUGGUCAGAUAUCUGCCAGAGCGGUGCAUGAGACAGUUUAGGCGUAUGCAGAUGAUAUCGAGAUCUCCACUUGAGACUGCUCCCGACAUCGUUACCCGCCGAGAGCUCACUGCUAUAUUUGAGGAUUGGGUGCAUCAUCUAGUCCCAGGGGAGUAUCGGCGUAUGCGGGCCAUCCAGAGAUGGCAAUGUGUAGAUGGGUAA